AUUUUUGUUUAAUAUUAUGCUCGACCAGAAAAUUCUAGCAUAAUGAAAUAUGUUAUCAAAAUGAAAUACGUAUAAAAAGAUAUUACAAAAAUAUUAGAUAUUACGUGUUUAAUUUUUCACAAUCUUCAUGUUUUUAACAUCACUGAUCGAAUAGGUCAUAUAAACAGAUAGCUCUGAUAAGUAGUGGCGUCGAAAUAACGAUUUUGAUCACGCGUUUCAAUAUCAUUUACGCGCGAACGCUGGUUGCAAUCUCGUCGUUGUAAUAUCUCGGAAUUAUCGUGGAAAAAAAAUGCGGCCUCUUCGUCACUUCUUUUCGCAAUUAUUUGGCGAAAGUGCAACACGUGUCAGACCGGCCGUUGCUUAUCGUCGUCGUGUGGAAUAUAAAUAAAAUCGCAAACCAAUCGUCAAUCUGUGUUCUCUUGCGUGGCGCAGAGUUUCGCGAGAGUGCAGCGGUGCUGAAGUGUCUUUCCUUUCCCUCUUUCUCUCUCCGAGCUGCGAACUGUGCGAGCGAGCUAUGAGACUUUUGGAAUUCCUACGGGAGAUUAUUACGCUUCGCCGAGAAGAUCAGGACAACGAUUUUACGAGCCGGACGGAAGUUUCUAAAACCCACAGUAGCAUGGAUCUCGUGAGCCUGGCUGUCCGCUCCGUCGAAUUAGGAGACGUGAAACCGUUGAGGGAGAGCUACUUGCAGGUCGAGCGUGACAAUGUCACAGAAAAAAGCGAUACCAUCAGAGAGCAAAGAUACAGGCCGAAGGAAAAGUCGCGCGACGAGGUCCGGACGAUCCAUUUGGCAGAGGUUGGCGGGCACGACGAACCCGAUGACUGCUGGCUCGUGAUCUACGAUUACGUGUACGACCUCACGGAAUUCCUGAUGGAACACCCAGGCGGCCAAGAGAUCAUCCUGGAACAUGCCGGACGAGACGCGACUUUGCCGUUUCUUAGCACCGGACACUCCCCCGGCUGGGCAAUCUUGGACAAGUACAAAAUUGGCGAGCUUCCGCCGAUGGAGAGAAUCUACCGUACUCCCAACGGCGUGACGCUCUCGGGAUUAUAAUCUGCUCGGAUCGUC